AUGGCGAUAGGAAAACCUCGUGCUAACAAGAGAUCUUCCGGCAUUUCAUGUUCUUCGGCCGUGACAAUGGCGGUGCUUGUGACGGUGUGUGUUUUAGGUGUCUGGAUGCUCACGUCCAGUUCAGCUGUUUAUCCAUCGACCACCACUCAGAUCAAUAACUUGCGUGAUGAUACUUUGUCAGAUAUCAAACGUCGUUUUGUAAAGUUCCAUCGAAAAAUCCCCGAUGACGCUAGUAAAGAUAAACUUCUUGAUCACACCACUAACGCUAGUCUUUCUGAAGACAAUCAUAGCGAUUUUCUCAUGGAUGUUAUGCAAAAUGAAGAUGAAUCGAAAUCACACAAUGAUCUGGAAAACAUUCAAGAAAAGGGCAAAGAUUACAAGCUCCAGGUGGAUGAAAGCUCGGGUGAGGUUCGGGUUUCUAAUAGCGAAGAGAAACCUACACAAGAAAGCAAGGGCAAUGAGGCAGAUGAUGAUGCCGAGAGUCUGAAUGAUAGUGAUGCGGGAAAACAAGAGGCUGAGCAACUCCAAGAGGAAGCUAUAGAAAAACAAGAAAUGGAAAUAUCGACUACAGUAGUCAAAGAUAGCUUGAAUGGAAUGGAAGGGGAAGCAUCGGCUGAAGAGGAACAGAAGCAAAUAACUCAAAAGAUUAAUGAAAAUACCAUGACGAGGGGUGAUCAAGAUAGUGGAAAUGAAUAUGAUCAACAAAGUGAUAUGGGGAAGCAAGAUGAUAAACAAACAGAACCUGGUGGUGAAGAUGACACGCAGGAAUUGGAAGACAACAAGGAACAAGAAAGUGUCAAUGAAGGAAAAGAAAAAAGGAUGCAGAAUCAAGAAGAAAAAGAAGAACAAGAAGAAGAUAAAGAAGGAGAAUCUCAACAAGAGGUGACGACUGAUGAUCAAGUUCAAGAAGAUGAUGAUGAACCAAUAAAAUCUCACUCAAUUGCAUCCGAGACAAGAGCCCAAGCUGAAAAUCGAGAAGAAUUAGAUGUUAGACAGAAAAUGGAACAAGCUAAGAUCGAAACCAACACAACCCAAUUAGCUGCAGUUAAACAGCGAUCUUCUCAAAUACCACAUGAAUCAGAAACUCAGUUUGAUCAACCAGAAGACCAAAAGGAGAGACAAGAAGAAGAUACUAAUGGUGCUAGUGAGACUAGUAAGGUGGCAGAUAAUAUUGACAUGUACGGGUACCAAUGGAAGUUAUGCAACGUCAAGGCUGGGACAAACUACAUACCUUGUUUGGAUAACGAGAUAGCAAUUAGAAAUUUGCAUCAUUGGCAACACAACGAACACAAGGAGAGACAUUGCCCAAAGGAGACUCCCGAUUGUCUUGUCCCUCUCCCAAGGGGGCUAUAG